AUGUCGUCUCCAACUCCAGGAAUUUCUCCGGUCCCCUUCAACUCCACCCCUCCGCCUCCAGUAUUUAACUUCACCUCUCCGCCUCCGCCUGACCCGACCAACCCAAAUGUUUCUCAGGCACCGCCGCCGACGAAUUCGAGUGGUACUCUAGCGCCGCCUCCACCGGCUUCGUCUUCGCCAGGAGGAUCUCCGGGAUCUGCUAGGCCGUCCACGCCGGUACUGUCGGCUUUGAUAGUAGGAGUAGUGUUAGGAGUGCUGGCUGGUGUGGGUAUUUCUGUUUGUGUGUACCGGAGGAAGAAGAGGAAGGAAGCGCAGAGAUUGUUGCUCGCUGGUCAACCUUCACAAGGAGCUAGCAAAGAUGAUGGCUUGCCACUGCAUUGGCAGCACGAUACGGCUCCUGCUAUAGACAAUAAAAUGAUGAUGUGGCCGAAGCCCACUCAUCCGCAAGGAACUCCUCCAAAUAACGAACUGCCGCCGAUGCUUGGUAUUUUUGCUGAACAUCCUUCCACAAGCAGCAGCAUGGGCUCCGAUAAACAAUUUCCACCACAGGCUCCUGGAAUUGCUCUUGGAUAUUCACAGAGUACUUUUACUUAUGAAGAACUAGCCAUGGCAACUGAUAAUUUCUCCAGUGCCAACCUCCUUGGUCAGGGUGGUUUUGGUUAUGUUCAUAAGGGAAUUCUUCCAAAUGGUACAGUGGUUGCAAUUAAGCAGCUUAAAUCUGGGAGCGGACAGGGAGAGCGUGAAUUUCAGGCUGAGAUUGAGAUUAUUAGCCGCAUCCAUCACCGACAUCUUGUUAAAUUGAUUGGAUACUGCAUUACUGGAUCCCGAAGAAUGCUUGUUUAUGAGUUUGUAACCAACUACACCUUGGAAUUUCAUUUACAUGGGAAUGAGAGACCAACCAUGAACUGGUCAACAAGAAUGAAAAUCGCAGUUGGCGCAGCAAAAGGAUUAACAUAUCUGCAUGAAGACUGCCAGCCUAAAAUCAUACAUCGAGAUAUCAAGGCUGCUAAUAUUCUUAUUGAUCAUAGCUUUGAAGCAAAGGUUGCUGAUUUUGGACUUGCCAAAUAUUCUUUAGAUACAGAGACCCAUGUCUCAACUCGAGUGAUGGGAACUUUUGGUUAUAUGGCCCCAGAGUAUGCCUCCUCUGGGAAGCUUACAGAGAAGUCAGAUGUCUAUUCCUUCGGUGUUGUUCUUCUAGAGUUGAUUAGUGGGCGUCGGCCUGUUGAUAGAACUCAAUCCUUCAUUGAUGACAGUAUAGUUGAUUGGGCAAGGCCUUUGCUCAAACAAGCUCUGGAAGAUGGCAACUGUGAUGCUGUUGUUGACCCAAAACUGCAGGAUUAUGAUUCCAGUGAAAUGAUCGGAAUGAUUUCUUGUGCUGCAGCUUGUGUACGUCAUUUAGCACGGUUUCGGCCGCGAAUGAGCCAGCUGUUGUUUCUUUAUUCAUUUGAUCUUGAUUCAAAGUUGAAUGGCUUCAAUUAUUCCGAUGAGAUACUUCGAGCUCUGGAAGGAAAUAUGCCUUUAGAUGAACUGAAUGAGGGGAUCACUCCUGGGCUUAGCACAGUGUACAGUUCUGCAAGCUCAGAUUAUAACACUCGCCAAUACGAGGAGGACAUGAGGAAAUUCAGGAAGUUAGCACUAGAAAGUGUUGAGCAUGAUAGCACAGUGAACCCACCAGCAAAUACAAGCAGUCAGGAGCGCAGUGAACCCACAAGCGAGUCUGGUCAGAACCCAUUCAGCUCAAGCACAGAAGGCCAACAAACUACCCCAGAGAUGGAUUCACAAACAAUGAAAAAAAACAUCAUGGAUACCCAGGAAAGGGAUAAUACAUUGGGCCAGACCCAGACUGGCAGAACUGCUGGGUCUGGGUUUCUUGGUGGACGGUGUGUGGGCCUUGCCCUGGGUUGGGCUACGUCCAGAUGA